AUGGCGCGCCCAACUCCUUCCGCUCCGCUUCAUGCAACUCAGCAACGCCCAAUCCUCCUCCUCGGCGCCGGCGAACUAGGCCUCGCCCUCCUACACCACCUCACAACCCACCCGUCAUUCUCCCCCACUCUACACCCCGUCACACUCGCUCUCCGGCCCUCGACCUUCACAGACCCGAACAGAGCAGCAGACCUCGCUUCCUACCGCGCGAUCCAUCCCGCCGUUUCAUUCCUGGGCCUGGACAUCGCGGAUGCUGCCACUACUGUUGAAGUUCUCGCGGCGAAGUUUGGCGAGGGAGGGUAUGGAACUAUAAUCCACGCCAACGGCAUGACGCUCCCGCCCGGCUCGCAGCGCAAACUCACUGAAGCUGUCCUCCUCUAUGCCGCCGCCGAAGAAGGUGACUCCGGCAAGAAGCGGGGGGUUAGGUACCUUCCCUGGCAGUUCGGCGUAGACUACGACAUCCUCGGCCCCCGUAAUGCCGGGGAUGGGCUGUUCUCGGAAGCCUAUGGUGUGCGGGAACUGCUUCGCUCGCCGCAAAACCAGGGAACUGUGGAGUGGUUGGUGGUGAGCUGUGGGAUCUUCACGAGCUUCCUCUUCGAAGAGAUUUGGGGCGUUGUUACUACAACGCCUGAGAAGCAGAUCCGUGUUCGGGCUCUGGGGAGCUGGGAGGAUGGGAUUACUGCUACUACGGCGGGCGAUAUUGCGCGGGUGACUGCUGAGCUCGUGCUGGAGCCUCAUGGGUAUGUGAAGGAAUGGCGGGAGAAUAAGGUGUAUAUAGCGGGCGAGACGUUGACGUAUGCGCAGCUUGUGGAUACGGUUCAGCGGGUCACGGCGAGGGAAGUCCUGAGAGACCAGGUCUGGGAUCGUGCGACUACGGCGCGGGAGGUGCAGAAUGCUUCGGCGGACCAGAAGAAGAUCUGGCAGUACAGAGCGGUAUUCGGCGGUGGCGAAGGCGUGAGCUGGCCGGUUGAGGAGACGUGGAACCAGAAGCGAGGCUGGGUCAUGGAGGGCAUAGAAGGGUGGCUAACGAAGAAUCUUGGAAAAUUUUCAAUGAAGUGA